AUGGGCGCCGCUACCGCGGGCCAGCAGGCGGGAGGGACCCCGGACAAGCUCCGGCACGUCGAGUCCAUGUCCGAGCGGCCCUCCGGCGCCGGGUCCAUCUCCGGGAUCAGCGCCGUCGUCCUGGGCGAGUCGCUCGCCGACGAGGAGCACGAACUCGUCUUCCCCAGCGCCGAGUUCUCCGCCACCGCACUCGUCUCCUCCCCCCAGCAGUACAAGGAGAUGUACGAGAGGUCCAUCAAGGACCCGGCCGGGUUCUGGUCAGAGAUCGCCGACGCCUUCUACUGGAAGGAGAAGUGGAACCCCAGCGAGGUCUGCUCCGAAAACCUCGACGUCAGCAAGGGCCCCGUCCACAUCAGUUUCUUUGGUGUUGUCCAGUGGUUCAAAGGGGGCAAAACCAACAUAUGCUACAAUGCCGUCGACCGCAACGUCGAGGCUGGGAAUGGGGACAAGAUUGCACUGUACUGGGAGGGCAAUGAGCCCGGCCAGGAUGGGAAGCUCACCUAUUCUGAGCUCGUGGAGAAGGUUUGCCAGCUUGCAAAUUACUUGAAAAGUGUUGGUGUCGGCAAGGGGGAUGCUGUGAUCAUCUACUUACCGAUGCUGCUGGAGCUUCCCAUUGCCAUGCUUGCAUGUGCGCGUAUCGGUGCUGUCCAUUCGGUUGUGUUUGCUGGCUUCUCUGCGGAUUCGCUGGCCCAAAGGAUCGUUGAUUGCAAGCCUAAGCUUGUGCUCACUUGUAAUGCCGUGAAAAGGGGGCCCAAGCCCAUUCUUCUCAAAGACAUAGUGGAUGCUGCUCUGGUGGAAAGUGAGAAGAAUGGAUUCUCUGUAGGUAUUUGUUUGACAUACGAAAACCAGUCAGUAAUGAAGAGGCAAGACACAAAAUGGCAAGCAGGAAGGGAUGUUUGGUGGCAGGAUGUUGUGACCAACUUUCCUACCAAGUGUGAUGUGGAAUGGGUGGAUGCGGAGGAUCCAUUGUUUCUUUUGUACACGAGUGGCAGCACUGGAAAACCAAAGGGUGUUAUGCAUACUUCUGGGGGCUAUAUGGUGUAUACUGCAACAACAUUUAAGUAUGCAUUUGAUUACAAGCCAACAGACAUAUACUGGUGCACUGCAGACUGUGGUUGGAUUACUGGACAUAGCUAUGUGACAUAUGGCCCACUCCUGAAUGGAGCUGCAGUUCUUGUUUUUGAAGGGACUCCGAACUACCCUAAUGCUGGUCGGUGCUGGGACAUUGUGGACAAGUACAAGGUGUCAAUAUUUUAUACCGCACCAACACUCGUCCGUUCACUCAUGCGCGAUGGUGAUGAGUAUGUUACACGCUACUCUCGAAAAUCUCUCCGAGUCCUGGGAAGCGUUGGUGAGCCAAUUAAUCCUAGUGCAUGGAGAUGGUUCUACAAUGUUGUUGGGGAUUCAAAGUGCCCCAUAUCAGAUACUUGGUGGCAGACUGAAACUGGUGGCUUCAUGAUGACUCCUUUACCUGGUGCCUGGCCUCAGAAACCGGGUUCUGCAACAUUUCCUUUCUUUGGUGUGCAGCCGGUCAUUGUUGAUGAGAAAGGACAGGAGAUUGAAGGAGAAUGUAGCGGAUAUCUUUGCAUUAAAAAAUCAUGGCCUGGGGCUUUCCGGACCCUCUAUGGAGAUCAUGACAGAUAUGAGACCACAUACUUCAAGCCAUUUGCUGGCUACUAUUUUACUGGUGAUGGUUGCAGCAGGGACAAAGAUGGUUACCACUGGCUUACUGGAAGAGUAGAUGAUGUUAUCAACGUUAGUGGGCAUCGAAUUGGCACAGCAGAGGUUGAGUCUGCUUUGGUUUCGCAUCCACAGUGUGCAGAGGCCGCUGUUGUUGGUGUUGAGCAUGAGGUCAAAGGUCAGGGAAUAUAUGCUUUUGUAACUUUGGUGGAUGGCGUUCCUUACAGUGAAGAACUACGAAAGAGCCUCAUAGCAAAAGUCCGCACUCAGAUCGGGGCGUUUGCAGCUCCAGACAGGAUCCACUGGGCGCCGGGGCUCCCCAAGACCCGCAGCGGCAAGAUCAUGCGCAGGAUCCUGCGCAAAAUUGCCGCGAAGCAGCUGGACGAGCUCGGCGACAUAAGCACUCUCGCUGACCCCGGCGUCGUCGACCAGCUGAUCGCGCUCAAAGAUUGCUAG